GAUUGUCUGGAUUGGGACAACGGUUGCAUCCUGUAUAUUUCUUCCUUUGGAGUGAAUCGUUUGCAGAGGAAUGUCUCAGGUGGAACCGACAGAGGAACAAGAGGUUGACGAAGCACCAGAGGUGACGCUUCGCAAGCAAAGGCUGUUAGCAGUUGCAGCGUUCACAUUAGGAAUCGUCGCAUUUGGGGCGUCCGCCGCCGUCAUAUCACUCAGUAAAGAAGAUACCAGCGAAAUAAUGGCUGACCCAGACGAAAACCAAGAGAACCUCUUCAGGGAACCUCCAGGCCAGGAUAAAAUUGCGAGGAAAACAACGCGUCAUCCUGUUUCAGUGAGACCAAACGGCCAUCCUGUUUCGGUGAAUCCAAGCCACCAUCCUGUUCCAGUGAGACCAAGCGACCAUCCUGUUUCAGUGAGACCAAACGGAAAUAAUGACGGUCAAACGUGUAACACCGCCGACUGCCGCUCCAUGCGGUGGCUCAUCGAUUCUUCAGUCGACACUACAAAGGAUCCCUGCGACAACUUUUUCGCCUACGUGUGUAACGGCGCAAACAACCUUUUCAGUGGAAACGAAGGCGAUGGCAUGCUGGGAUGGGUCUCUCGCAAUUUGACAACAGAUCUCGACCGAUGGCUGAAGGACACCUCUGCUCCUGAUGAUCAUCAAGACGGAUUCGAGAAGGUGGUCAGACUUUAUAAAUCAUGCGUGGAUGUUUCCCAGUCAAGAAACCAGGCGAUUUUCAACGUUCUAACAUCUUACAACAUGUCGCUGAAAAACGGUUUACAUUUUGAUCCACUGGACAUGCAGACGCGCUUCUUGCGCAAUGGACUGCCCAUAAUAUUCGAGAUGUAUCCAUAUCCGUCGAGGAGCAGGAAGGAAGUUUUAAUUCGACUUGCGACAAGCAACGACGAGUUCGCGAUGUUUCGCAACCGUACGCUGCAAGAUGCAGCUGUACGAGAGGCACUUUAUGUGAAAGUCGUAAACUGGGUGCUCGGACCGCCAAACAUAGAUGCAAGUGCUACAAGUCGCAUUCUACGAGCAGAAGAAAAAGUUCACCAAAUUGCAAGUAGUAACAACUACCCACAACAAGAUCACAUCUUUCCAAUUACUGAUCUCGGACACCUCCUCGGAAGCACCGCUGAAGACACGAGCUUGUCAAGUCGAUGGAAAGCCGUCCUUCAGAAAUGGUUUGAGUCAACUCUACUUUUAAACCCUCCGCUACUGAUGGAUGUGAAUGACUUACAUCUGUUCCAUAAUCUGUUCGGUACAAAUGCCACGUUAACCACGGACGAGCUACGAACAUUCAUUGCGUGGAGGACGACCUUGCACUUCUACAACGAAGCUGGCAUGGCGACAAAUGUUGACACUGAUACAAGGUGCUUGACGAACGUGGUGCAUCUACUACCUUCGGUUGCACCUGUUAGGGUGCUGCUAGGGAACAUAUAUGAACCAAGAGUAGACCUGGUGAGGGACAUGGCAUAUAACAUUCUUGAGGAAAUCAAAGCGUCGCUUGGUACCACCACGUGGCUAGACGAUACAACGCGACGUGCAGCAUUGGAUAAGAUAUCGAAUGCCUUCCAGGUCAUCGGUUACCCGUUUGAUCUUUAUUCGGGAGGGGUGGUGGACACAUACAUGAACGCUGUCUCAGAUAUGACUGGCGACUAUAUUAUUAAUUACAUCAAAACGAAAACAUCCGCGGUAGAAAGAAUGUUCAAUAUGACGCAAGAUGCAGACGCUGUCGAUUGGUUAAUAGAAGCGCAGCUCGCGCGUCGACUGCCUCUGAAUGUGGCGAAGACGGUGAAUAUUAGACAGCUUAAUGCCAUAUUUAUUCCUCCUGCCAUGAUGUACUGGCCCAUGUUUACGUACGGUGGACCACCUGAAGUAAACUAUGGCGCAUUAGGCCGCAUCCUGUCACGCGAGCUUAUGACAGGGCUCGACGAACAAGGACUAAGGUACAACAGCAUGGGUGACGAGAAGCCUUGGUUCACAGAAGCGAGCAAGAACGCGUACGACAAUCUUGUUGCGUGUCACAAAGCCAGCGUAGGACACUCGCCGCAAGCCAACCAGAACGCUGAAUUCUCAAGUGAGCUGCUCGCUGACACUAUGGCCAGCGAAUCACUUCUGAAAGCGUACAAGAAAGUCACUAGUGAAGGAAGUCUUGGAGAGAUGAAGGGAUUAACCAGUGAUAAGCUUUUCUACGUAGCCUGGUGUCUACUGUUUUGUGGGCAAACUGCUCCUGGAGGACACAAUCUUCCCCUGGACAAGAGAUGUAAUGUUCCCCUCAUGAACUCUGAGCACUUCGCAAAGACGUUCGAAUGCCGCCAUCGUGCACCAAUGAACCCGGAGCAAAAAUGCAAAUUCUGGUGAACUAUAGGCGGUUACUGCGCGGUGCGUGGUUAUGUGCACUCGUGUUAUGUUUCGCAUAGUUGCUAUGAGUAAAUAUGAUCCUGUUGCCAUAGUUUUCCUUGUUGCGCUUCGUUGAGAUUCCGAAUCAAGCACCGUGCAGAGUGUCCAAAAAGAAAAAGAUACGAAAGGAAACGGCUCACCCAGUAUGUCGAGUCAGUGUGCAGUCUAUAGCCCACGCAAAGUUGCUCUGAAGUGCCAGUGCCCAUAACAGACUAUAUAUUUGAAGCCCAGCACUCUGACAAUAGAGGCAACAUCAUUAAACUGAAAACACAAGGGAGUGUCAUCCUAGAAGACGCUGUUUCUCAACUGUUUCGGGUAC